AUGGCGAUCUUUGGAGAAUCGAAGAUUGCAAGUACCGAGGAAUACGAUAUAGGAAGCCAUGGAUCCAACGCAGCGGACAUGAUGCAUGCCGGUGCUCUGGGGGGCACAUCUCAUGAUGCCUCGGAUAUGCAACGGAUGGGCAAAAAACAAGAGUUACGGAGAAACUUCCGCAUGGUAUCUAUCAUCGGAUUCGUGGUCGUCCUUCAGUCAACAUGGGAGAGUGCUCUUUUGUCAGCGUACUUUGGGCUGUUCAAUGGAGGCACAGCAGGUGUGAUUUGGAUGAUGAUUAUCACAUGGCUCUUCGUCCUGGCUAUGAUCGCUUCUCUGGCUGAGAUGGCCUCCAUGGCCCCGACUGCUGGUGGACAAUACCAUUGGGUCAGCGAAUUCGCGCCACCAUCGUUUCAGAAGUCGCUCAGCUACAUUGUGGGCUGGGCUGCGGCCGUCGGUUGGGUCAGCGGCAUCCCCGCUUGCGCGCAAAUGCUUUCGACUCUCGUCAUUGGAAUGGUCCUGCUUGCAUACCCUGAUGCGCAGAUUGGAGAAUUGUGGCAUAUCACCCUCCUGAUGAUGCUUUGGCUAGUCCUGAUGAUCGGCUUCAACAUCUUCCUGGCGCAGCACCUGCCUCUCGCCGAAGGUAUUGUGCUUGUCUUGCAUUGUUUCGCCUUCUUCGCCUUUUUAAUCCUUUUCUGGACGAUGGCGGAGCGCAUGCCUGCAGAGGAGGCUUUCACAACUUGGACAAACGGUGGAGGAUGGAGCUCCAUGGGCGUGUCUGCUCUGGUCGGCCUUUCGACCCCAUUAUGGUGCUUUAUCGGCCCAGACGCGGGCGCUCACAUGUCCGAAGAGCUGAAAGACGCCUCUGUGGUGCUUCCCAAAGCCAUGAUGUGGGCUGUCCUCUUCAACGGCAUCUUCGGGUGCAUCAUGAUGAUUACCUUCGUGAUGUGUGGAGGCGCCCUCGACUCUGUUCUGGAGUCGCCGACCGGGCAACCCAUACUCCAAGCCGUUUACAACGCGACAGGCUCCAUUGCUGGCACAGAAGUCAUGGGUGCCAUUCUCGUCGUCCUCGUCUUCUUUGCAGCCGUAUCCGUCACUGCUGCUUCUUCGCGCCAGAUCUGGGCAUUUGCGCGCGACAGGGGACUUCCGUUCUCUGCAUGGAUCGAGCGAGUGCCAGCCGGCUGGGACAUUCCGGUCAACGCGCUACUUGUCUGCCUCGGAUCCUCGCUCGUGCUCGCAUGCAUCAACUUCGGGUCGGACGUUACAUUGAACGCCAUCGUCUCCAUCUCGAACGCAGCUCUCAUCUUUUCCUACAUUAUAUCGAUUGGAUGCGUGCGCUUGAAGCGUUGGCGAGGAGAGCCACUGCUCCCUCGACGCUGGAGCCUAGGCAAGUUUGGAGGCAUCGUCAACGACCUCGCUCUUGCCUUUUUGGUCGUUUCCUUCGUCUUCUCAUUCUUCCCUAUAGUGCCAAACCCUUCGGCUACGGACAUGAAUUGGGCGGCGCUUAUGUUUGGCGCGAUGGCUAUCAUUGCCACGGUCAACUAUUUCGUCAGCGCACGGAAGAGUUAUAUCGCGCCUGUUUCGCUUGUUAAACAAGACUAG